AGAGGGAAAGAGGGAGAGAGAGUUAUGUCUGAAGGUCUCUCGUCCGCUGCACAGACAGAGGUUAGUCUUUUCUCUGUCAGACGUCGUCUGUUCAUCUGUUUGUCCAUCUGUCUGGACACGAACUGACCAUCUGAUCCAGAAAAAUCCCUACUGUAUUUAUAGUUUUCCUUAGUUAAUGAACACUCAGAUGAUGCUGAAGGAGAAGAAACAUGAAUAAACUGCUUUAAAAAUAUAUUCAUCAAUACAAUAAAUUGUAAGAGUUUCAAUUGAAAAUCAGACGCAGCAAUGGGAUUCGCUGACCUUCUCAACGAGGUGGGCGGGUUCGGACGGUACCAGUGGCUCCAUGUGACUCUGAUCAGUUUUCCUGGUUUGUUGAUGGCCAGUCAGAACCUGCUCAACAACUUCGUCUCAGGAAUCCCCGACCACCACUGCAGGCUGCCGACCAAUCACAGCAUCUAUAACCUGUCGCUCAGCCAGGUGGAUGAGAGGCAGCUGCUCAGGGUAUUCAUCCCUCUGGACUCUUCAGGAAAUAGAUUUGAUCGAUGUAGGAGGUAUGUGGAGCCUCAGUGGCAACUGUUAGCAGCUAACAGUUCAGCUAAUGUUAGCUUUGUGAAGACUGAGGAAUGUGAAGAUGGAUGGACGUAUGACCACACUGAGUUUGAAGCCACCACUGUGUCUGAGUGGGACCUGGUCUGCUCAAUGCGACCCCUGAAGCAGAUGAUUCAGACCAUCUAUAUGGGUGGAGUUUUAGCAGGAGCCAUCGUCUAUGGCGGUCUGUCAGACAGGUUUGGGAGACGGACCGUCCUCAUAUGGUCUUAUCUACAAGUGGCUGUGCUCGGCUGUAGCUGCGCCUUCUCUCCAUCAUACACCGUCUACUGCAUUUUACGGUUCCUGUGUGGAAUGGCGGUUUCUGGAGUGAUCCUGAACGGAGUUUCACUGAAGGUGGAGUGGAUUCCAACCAAAACCAGAACCAUAGUGGGCACGCUCACCUCGUUCUUCUUCACUUUCGGUCAGAUGGUUCUGGCAGGGCUUGCCUAUUGGCUGAGAAACUGGAGGACGCUGCACGUGGUGGUCUGUGCACCCCACUUUCUGUUCUUCGCCUACAGCUGGUGGUACUCAGAAUCAGCUCGUUGGUUGGUUCUGAAUGGGAAGUCUGAGGAGGCACUGAAGAAUCUUCACCGAGUGGCACGAAUCAACGGGAAACCAGAGAUGGUUGAUAAAAUAACACUGGAGGUCCUCCAUUCGCACAUGAACAAAGAGAUCGAGUCAAGUCGCUCAACGUUCACAGCGUAUGACCUGCUGAGGACCCGAGGGAUGAGACGCAUCUCCAUCUGCCUCAUCGCUGUCUGGUUCUCCACCAGUUUUGCAUACUAUGGUUUGGCAAUGGACCUGCAGAAGUUUGGGGUGAGUAUCUACGUGAUGCAGCUCAUCUUUGGGGCUGUUGAUAUUCCAGCUAAACUACUCGCUCUGGGCAUGCUCAGUUUCCUGGGGAGACGAAUUACUCAGGCCACCUGCCUCUUUCUGUCAGCCGUCAUCAUCUUUGCCAAUAUCUUUGUCCCCACAGAGAUGCAGACCCUGAGAACCACACUGGCAUGUCUUGGUAAAGCUUCGACCUCAUCAUCUUUCACCACUGUCUACCUGUACACUGGAGAGCUGUACCCAACAGUCAUCAGACAAACAGGAAUGGGCUUUGUGUCAACUAUGGCAAGAGUCGGCAGUAUGGCAGCACCUGCUGUCCUCAUCUUGGAUGAGGUGCUGCCGGCACUGCCCAGUGUGGUGUACGGUGGGGCAGCGGUGUUGGCCAGUGGUUUCGCCUGCUUCCUGCCUGAGACACUGAAUGUGCCAUUGCCGGACACCAUUGAGGAUGUGGAGGAGAAAUGGUCAGGAGGAGGAUCCACCCAACAGCAGGAGAAAGAGGGCGUGUCCUUGAAGGAGGGCAUGGUCUCCAGUGAUGAGCUGUUAAUUGAUGGGGGCGUGGUUUCAAAGGAAGGUGUGGUUUUGAAAGAGAUGAAAGACGCUGAGAAGGCGGGACUCCACACUCUCUGAUCAAUCACACAAUGUGACAUAGGACAGCCUAUGAUGUGGUUGAAAAGCCUCGGCCAAUAAGAUGGUUCAGCCAAUUAAUUUACGAAAACAUGAAGCUUAAUCAAAGGGUUCUGUAAAAUAACAAUGGAUGGGUUUUAUUAGCUGUGUUGAGUUUUUCUGAAUAGAUGCACAGUUAUCAAUAACCAUUACAAAUCAAAAUCCAGUUAGACUUCCAUGUUAGUUCACCAAUAAACUGUGAUUGCACUCUGA